AUGUUGGGAACCCUGUUCCUACCCCGCGCCGAACGUCAACGACCUGUCAAAACUCUUUACAUGGUUGAUAGCCGAACUACCACGUGCAUUUCAACUAAUUUUUCCGUUUUUUAAGGGAAAAAAACAUAAAAAAUGCCUUUAGCAGUCGACUUAUUGCACCCUACCCCCGACAGCCAAAGAAGGGCCCACAAAAAAAAGCGUUUGGUACAGCACCCGAACAGCUAUUUUAUGGACGUGAAGUGCCCCGGCUGCUACGCCAUUUCUACCAUCUUCUCACAUGCCCAAAGUGCUGUACCAUGCAAGGGAUGUUCAACAAUCUUGUGCACAUCCACUGGAGGUAAAGCUAGGCUAACAGAAGGAUGCAGUUUCAGACGUAAACAGCAUUAAAUAAUGUGUAAUUUGUAUUUUAUUUAAGCUUUGUUUUUAAUAAAUUCUUAUUCUGAGGUC